AUGGGGACACGGGGGACGAGGACCGCCCAGCUGGCCCGGCACCGCCGGCGACGGCACGGUCCGGCGGCCAAACCUUACCGCUGCGAGGCUUGCGGCAAAGCCUACGCUCAGCCGGCCGGGCUGCGGCAUCACCAACCGGAGCAGCCGUUGGGAUGUCCCCAUUGCGGAGCCGCCUUCCUCUGGAGCUGCCGGUUAGCCCGGCACCUCCGGGCUUGCCGCCCGCCCGCCAAACCCUACAAGUGCCCGGAGUGCGGCAAAGCCUUCGGGCAGAGCUCCAAGCUCCUCCGGCACCAGGUAACCCACACCGGCGAGAAACCCUACAAGUGCCCCGAGUGCGGCAAGAUCUUCAGCCAGAGCUCCAACCUGGCCGAGCACCGGCGGACCCACGGGGCGGGCGAGCGGCACUUCUGCCCGCUCUGCGGCAAGGGCUUCGCCCUCGGCUCUUACCUGGCCAAGCACAGGUUGACGCACACCGGCGAGCGGCCCUACCGCUGCACCGAGUGCGGGAAGGCGUUCCGGCAAAGCUCCAACCUCAUCCAGCACCAGCGGACCCACACCGGCGAGCGACCCUACACCUGCGGGCUGUGCGGCAAGAGCUUCUGCCAGAACUCCCACCUGGCCAAACACCGGCGUACCCACACCGGCGAGCGGCCCUACCGUUGCGGGGACUGCGGCAAGAGCUUCCGGCAGAGCGCCAACCUCCUGGAGCACCGGCACACCCACACCGGCGAGCGGCCUUACCGCUGCGCCCAGUGCGGCAAGACCUUCGGGUGGAGCUCAGCCUUUAGCAAGCACCAGCGCACCCAUCUUGCCUGAGACCUCUGCCGACCCAGGCUGGGGUGCCUCAGCAUGGGCCAGGUCUGUCAGCGUGCCGCGAGGCCAUGGCUUCGUCUUGGAGGACUCUACCGGGAUCCUUCAUCUUGACCCAAGUCCAUCGUGGUGCCCCAAGGCUGUGGCUUCGUCUUG